CCGAACCUCGGAAGGCACUGAACUCAUUCCCUAUGUCUGGCUAUCUUUUGUUUGCAACAAGAAGCCAUUUUUUAAGCCUUGGCUUGGCUCUGGGUCUUCCUUCUCUUUAAGCUUAAACUUUCUAUGACUUGUGAGUUCAUAUCAUCUCCCUCCAUACGUUAAUUCAUGGUCACUAUGGAUCUAAAAGGUAUAGCUUGGGUUGGACAUGUAUACCAGAAGUUUGAAGCUAUGUGUUUGGAGGUAGAAGAAGUUAUGUACCAGGACACUAUUAAAUAUGUUGAAAAUCAAGCACAGACAGUAGGUGCAAGUGUCAAAAAGUUCUAUUCUGAUGUGGUGCAAGAUUUUCUUCCUCCUUCUUCUAUGGAUCUUGUGAAAGGGGCAGCAACCUCCAACUUGCCUGCAGAACAAUAUACUGAUAUUGGGAUCUAUAAAAGGCCAAAAAUAAUUAUGAAAGAAGAGGCUAUGAUGGUUGACCAUGGGCAAUCUAAUGAUUCGCAUGCCACUGUUGAUCUGGACAAGGAUGCAAACGAUGUACCAUCUUUCCAUGGUUUUGACAUUGAAGAUACUUCAUUCCAACCAUAUUCUGAAAACACUGUCAAAAGAACAUGCUCAGACUCUUACUCUCAGCAAUAUGGUAAUAGGUUUUGUCGUAAAUCUGGACUGGGUGUGAAAAAAAUCUCUAAAGAGGACAACUUGUCUUUGAGGGACAUGUAUGGAGCAGUCACUCAUACAGAAAAAGAUUAUCACCGACCAUCGAUAUUUUCUGAACUAUCAGAUAAAAAUAAAAAAGCAUUAUGUAACCAGAGAGAUGUAAGUCCAACCCCGAUUACAGUUGAAGUAAAUGCGUGUAACUGCACAGAAGCAAUAUCUGAUAAGUUUGAGAAUGCAAGCAAGGGUACACCUGGUGUUGUCACUGAUGACCAAGGUUGUAAUGAGAUUGAAAUUGCAGGUGCUCAUUCCUCCUGUAAUGAUGUAUCAGCAGAAAUAAACGAUAUUUGUAAGAACGAUGCAGUGGUUUCUCUGGCAGUAUCCUCUAUGAACAGGGAUGUUCAGCCCAUUGAAUUUCCUGAUGAGAUCAUCCUUGUUUGCAAUCCAGGACUAGCAGAUGACUCAACUGCCAAUACGAUUGAGAGUAAUAUUCCUCUUCAACAGGAUUUGGUAAUCAUUCAACAGGUUGAUAAUAUUCAAGAUGAGGAAAACUGUGUUCUGGUUAACGGAGAUGGCCUUCAUUUUGUUCCUCUCAAGGAACACAAACACAGGCCUUACAAGAAAAAGAUUCAGGAUGCCAUUUCUUCAAGAAUGAGAUCCAGGAGAAAGCAGGAAUAUGAACGACUUGCUACAUUGUUUCAGGAUAAUGUUACUUCCAAUCAACAAUGUGCAGGGAGUUCAAUGCAAACUAAUUUAAUGGGGGACAUGAAGAGAUCACCACCUCAUAAUCCCAGUGAGUCGGAUUGGGAACUUCUUUAGAUGCCUGAGUUUCAACUUAGUGUAAAUAAUUCUUCAAAGUUGCUUCUUUGACCACUCUAAUCUGAUGAAGGUGAUUAAGAUGCAGAACUGGAUGUUAAUAAUAGCAACAGAGGGCCCAGCACCUAUAGAAUAUAUGGUGAAGAGCGUAAAAUGACAACCAAAAUGGAAAAAAGUGGAAACACCUUCCUUUAAUAAAGGAAAAAAAAAAUUGUAUUGAAUAGUAGCCUCUAGGGAUGCACGCAGGUUUAUUUGCAAAAGAUAUAUGAAGCAAUUCAGCCAUUGCACUUCUUUAAGUUAUGCUGUUUUAUGGUCUCUGGAAAGUUUCUUUCCUCUGUUAUCCAUUGUUGAACGUGAGAUUGGAAAUGCCCAGGUAUUCAAAAGAUGGUUGAAAGAAUUCAAAAUUCCAAGAUUGGCUGGGAAGAAAGUUCUGGAUAAUAUUUCUGUAAAAGUUUUUCACUUGUGCUGUAUGUUUGAGAUGGAAUCGUUUUUGGUGAA